CAUGCGUGUCGCGUGUCACACGUCCGUACAUUGUUCUGAUUUCGAAACGCGAUCCAAAUUCAAAUCGAUAUUCUUUUUUUAAAAGACAAUUCGAUUUUUAAAUAGUUUGACAUUUGUGUAAAAAGGUUUUAUUAGCGCGUGUGAGUUUGUGGUUUUUAAAGAAGGUUGUAGUUUUUUGGGACUGUUUUUCAAAAACUUAACUUUCCCGAGAUAUUGGAUGAUGACAGUUGAAUGAAAAUGUUUAGAACAAUGUCGAGGAUAUGGAAUGUCCUGGUGGUGCUUCCACUAUGUCUCACACUGGUGGGUCAAGCGCGAACCACCACUUACACGCCUCGCUCCGAAUACGGGUAUCCUGCUGGUCUCAUUCCUGAUUGUCCAGGAGUGACCAAGAACGCGAGCAUCAGCCCUCGCAUGAUGAGUCAGCUGCAGGUCACGAUGCACCGCCUGUCCAGCACUGGGAAGGUCAUCAGGAGGACGGUACCCGUGGAAACUGCCCAUAAGGUGGUCGCUAAGGAUAAGAGUAUCGAUUUAAAGAACAAGAAGACAGUGCUAUAUGCUGUCGGCUUCUGGGACAGUUCAUCGUUCCCCUUCUCCCAGGCCAUCGGCACCUCGUACUCCAAGCGAGGAUACAACGUGUUCCUGUCUGAGACUAUGACAUUCCUCACUUAUAUUUAUCCGAAAUCAGUCCGCCUAGUAAGAUUCAUCGGCCUAAAAAUGGGCGAAUUCCUAGUGCGACUAAAUGAACUAGGCCUGGAUCCUGAAAAUCUAGAACUAGUUGGAACCAGUCUAGGAGCUCACGAAGUCGCCUACGCAGCUAAAUACUUCUACCAAGUCACUGGGAAGAAACCCUCAAGACUAACAGGAUUAGACCCAGCCGGACCUUGCUUUAGAAGUCUAGGCCCAGAAGACAAAUUUGCAAAAACUGAUGCUGAGAAAGUCGAUGUCCUUCACACAAACAUUGAUGGUUUUGGCAUCGCAGAAACUUUAGGACAUAUAGAUAUUUACGCUAAUGGAGGCGAAUUUCAACCUAGUGAUAUUCCUUACAUACCUUGUCUGGUUGUUUGCAGUCAUAUAAGAGCUAUGUUAUACUGGUGGCAAGCCUUAGAACAUCCGAAGAAAUUUAUAGCUGUCAAAUGUGAUAGCGUUCAAGAGGCAAGAUUUGCUCAAUGUUUUAACAAUACUCCUGUUAAUUAUUUAGGUUUGGAGGCUCAUUUUGAUCGGCCUGGUAUUUAUUAUAUGGCUACAAGUAAUGAGUUUCCGUAUUAUCGAGGGAAAGAAGGGUUGAAGGAAGAGAAUGAGAUUUAUACUUCGGUUGUUAGAAGGAUUAAUGAUGAUGACGGGUUUGUAGUAUAGUGUACUACGGUGGACUAGUUGUUUUAGUGUAAAAAGUGGUGAUUUGUCUGAUGAAGUGAUUAGGAAGUUGGGUUUGACUGUGAUUCCAAUGAGUGUUUUGUGCAAUAAAUUAAGACUAUAUCGUAAGACGUGAUUGUUUGUUCAAAUACGUGUAAUUAGAAUAAUACAUAAGGGUUUUAUUGCUUGUUUAGGUACGUAAGUUGUAAAUAAUUUAGUUUGGUCAAGUAAUCUACAAGUACGAUAAUGUACAAGUUACAAGAAGUAAGGUUUGUUAAUAUGGAACAUAUCUAGUAUAGAACAUAUGUAGUACCUACCUAUUAAUAAGAACUAUUACUUGUAUAGAAGAGUGUAUAUUCAAAAAUGAUAUAAGUUUCAAGGCUAAAUUAAGCAGCUGAAGUCGUGGGUAGCAAGGUAGUACCGAAUGUUUUGUGCAGUUGACAGCUGUCAACUUUUAAAGGACUACGUAUAGCAUUCUUGUACUAUCAGAUAGUCAGAACUGUCAACUGCAUCAAAAAACAGUGAAAGCGAAUAGUUUAAUUUAAAGCAGAUAUUAUUUGAAUACUUAAUAUUAUUUUUAGCUUUUCCUAAAUAAACAUUUUUUGAAGAGCUUGGGAAUAUUCUGUGAUU